AGGGAAUUGAAAGCUGUUGUGUAGGACUCAGUGGUGGCAGUGCUGACUCUCCUAACUUGCCAAGUAGGACACAGAUUUCAUCCUGCCCGUGUCACUUGUGAGGGUUGAUGAAGGAACAGAGCUGCAAACAGCAUUAUGCUUACAUCGCAGAGCUGAAACAGGUGACAGAAGCAGCAUCCAAACAGAUCAGCAAAGCAAUGCAGUCUAUUCUGGCAUUCACAGAAAAAGCAGAAGGUUUUUCCCAAGCAUUGAGUUUGCAACCAGCCUUGGAACUCUGCAAGCUGCAGGAAGAAGUCUUUUCUGGUUUCAAGGUGAAGGAGGAAAACAGUGUCCAAAAUUCAGUACCACCAGGAGAAGUCACACCAACAGGAACUGUUUCCAGUAAAAAUCCUUGUGUUUUGCUAAAAAGAAGAAGAGCUGCAGAUUCCCCCAAGAGAAGGCGCUACCCACUGCGGCGGAGGAAGAUCACUCUCAGUGCAUGAAUUUCUCGUUUUGUGUUUUCACAUUGGAAUCUCAGUUGUACUUUUGUUCCAUCUGUUCCAUCUUUUUUCUUAGAACUCAUCUCCCCUCAGUGCUAUACAUGGGAGCUUCUUUAAUUAGUCUUUGACCUCUUAAAUAUUUCUGCUUUUGCUGGCAUGCUGAUGGUAUAUGGUACGUGUACCAGUAGCAUCCCAUACCCAGCAAGUGUAUUUUCCAUUUAACUCAUUUUUUGCUCUUAUAUUGCAGUUUUUAGCUUGAGUCCUUGUGCUUCUCAGAGUUCUUGUGCAUGCUUUAUGUAUGUGGGCAGUCUUUUAGGAAACUACUAACUGCUCAUUUACAUUCAGCAUGUCUCUAAAGAGUUGGAGAAUGUCUAGUUCUCCUAAUGCACCUUCAUUAAUUACUAAGGCAUGUGGCUUUUAUGUUAAUGAAUUAAUUGACGCUGCAGCAAGAUGCAAUCACCUAAUGUGAUGCGAUGUUGGAGUUUUAAGCACGUGAUAUUAGUCCUUGCUAUUCUACCUUUCCUGAAUGUAGGUCAUCUAGGCUUAUUUAUAGUCAUGUUUGUCAAAACAUGGAUUUUUAAUAAUUGUAUAUAUUUACUUGCAGUGUGCUCUUCUGAACAGGAAUUUAACCAUCUUAGGGUCUGAUAUAUCAUUUCAUGUAAUCCCAUUAUGCAGCCUGGUGUUUUCCUGAGCAAUAUUUCUACCCAAGAAAGGAUGUUGACUUGGGUUAUGUUGCAUUAGUUGUUUGACUAAACUUAGAGAUCAGUAGAGGCUACCAGUAAAUGGUAUUUACCUGAGCUAUCUUAAUUUUGUACUCAUUAGUACCUAGAAGAUUGCAAAUUAGUACUAAAUUGAGCAUUGUGCCUUAACCAUUUAUAAUUUUUUCUAGUUUAUGGUUGCAUGUGCCUGCAGUAAAUACUCCUGUCUAGUAUGUAACAUAUUUGUAACACAGUAAAUGGAGGGAGGGUUUUAGAAGCUUUAUUAAUUACAUAUUUGGUGCUAAGAAGACAGGCCUGACCUAAUGUCUAAGAGACUGAGAAUUCUCAAGAAAACAGAUUUUAGCAUCAUACUGAGACUUUGUAUAUAUGAUCAUAUGUAAAUAUUUUUCCUGACCUUGUAUACAAAUGUGUGUUUUUAUAUGAAGUAAAUUAAAUCAAUUAAGGAAGAUCAAA